GGGCGUGGAAGGGGAGGGGGCUGAUGGAGAAAGAAUGGCGGUGCUUCCGUGCCUGGGGCAGCGCUCCCGUCCCGUCCCGUCCCGUCCCGUCCCACAACGCUGCGGGAAGCGAUGGCAGCAGCUGCAAUAGAGCACGCUUUGCUUACUGCAAACUCCGCGUCUUUACGAUGGGCAGCGGCUUGGCAGGAUGGGCAGAGAAAGAAAUCGAAGGAGUCCCGAAGGCGUGUGACUCCCUGAAGCCUUACCCUGUUGGGAUCCUUCUCCUCUGGUGUGCUGGGGGUUCUGGUGCUGCUUUGUGCUCUGAGGAAUGGUUCAGUCGUUCUCCCUCUGCAGGCGUGGAAACCUUGUGCUUCAGUACAGGGUCGCACUCCCUGCGCUACUUCCUGACCGGGAUGACGGAUCCCGUUCCCGGGAUGCCGCAGUUCGUGAUCGUCGGGUAUGUGGACGGCGACCUGUUUGGUAAGUACGACAGUAAGAGCAGGAGUGCACAGCCCAUCGUGGAGAAGCUGCCGCAGGAGGACCAGGAGCACUGGGACACGGAGACCCAGAAGGCCCGGGACGGCGAGCUGGAUUUCUGCGGGUUCCUGGGCAGGCUGCCGGAACAGUACAACAAAAGUGGAGGGUCUCACACACUGCAGAUGAUGUUUGGCUGUGACAUCCUGGAGGACGGCAGCAUCCGAGGGUAUGAUCAGUAUGCAUUUGAUGGGCGGGACCACAUUGCCUUUGAUAUGGACACGAUGACGUUCACCGCGGCAGACCCGGUGGCAGAAAUCACCAAGAGGAGAUGGGAGGAGGAAGGGACGUAUGCUGAGAGAUGGAAGCAUGAGCUGGGGACUGUCUGUGUUCAGAAAUUGAGGAGAUACCUGGAGCAUGGGAAGGCGGCACUGAAAAGGAGAGUGCAGCCCGAGGUGCGAGUGUGGGGGAAGGAGGCCGACGGGAUCCUGACCUUGUCCUGCCACGCUCACGGCUUCUACCCGUGGCCCAUCAGCAUCAGCUGGAUGAAGGACGGCAUGGUCCGGGACCAGGAGACCCACUGGGGGGGCGUCGUGCCCAACAGCGAUGGCACCUACCACGCCUCGGCUGCCAUUGAUGUGCUGCCGGAGGAUGGGGACAAGUACCGGUGCCGCGUGGAGCACGCCAGCCUGCCCCAGCCUGGCCUCUUCCCAUGGGAGCCGCAGCCCAACCUAAUCCCCAUUGUGGCCGGGGCGGUCGUCGCCAUCGUGGCUGUCAUCGCUGCUGUUGUUGGUUUGGUGGUGUGGAAGAGCAAGUCAGGGAAGGAGAAGAAGUGUUAUGAAGCAGCGCCAGGCCACGACGGAGAAUCCAGCAGCUCGGCCACAAGUACAGUGUGGAACUGGGGCUCAGGAGGGGUCCCUGCGGUUGGAGCGAUCCCACUUCCCUGCACUCCCCCAUUGGACCCGCGUCCGGGGCAAUAUUGGGCCCAGCCCUCCCUCCUGAACCCUCAGGGUGGUGAGUCAGGAUGGGGAUGUGGCCCCACGUGACACCAUCUCUUCUCACCCCCACAGGAAUUGAACCUUCCAUCUGAGUGCUGUGCUGCAGUAGCCAGCCUUGCAUGCACGUGUUUGGAGUCUGUGGGUGUGUGUAUCUCCGUUUGCUCGACUCCUGCAUCUCCUCGGGCUGACGCAGUGUGUGCUCCUCUGCUCCACUCUGUGCGUUAUUUCCUGGGGAUGACCCAUUGAAAUGUCCACCUCGUGAGCAGAGGUGGACCUCUGGGCAGAGCGCUGUGCAUCGUUUUGGAGAAGAUACCAUUGCAGACACACAGGGAGGAGAGCGCCGGGUUCCGGGCUCAGGGGACGGGCAGAGGCUCUGGAAGAGGCCGAGCAGAAAAGAGUGUUCCAAACAGUCCGUAGAAGUGCAAAAGAGACCCGAACAGUAAUGGGAUGCGGAGUGGGUGAAGCAGGUGGAUUUGUGAAGGUGAGGCAGCCAUUUCCUUCAGUCCUCAGACGCCGACCUGAGACCCCAGGCUGAUUGCUGGGACGUUCAGAACAAGGACUCAGCUCCACCACAUGUGGCAGCUGAGGAACACAGGAAAGCAAAGGUGCAUAGGAACAUAGGAGGCGCCCCACAACUGGAGGAACAGCCGUGACGUCGCUGGGUACAAGGGCAGUGAGUGCAUCUUCAUCUCUCUCCUCUCUCUUUCUCCUCCUCUCUUUCUUUCCAAGCCCUAUCUGAAUGUAACACGAGGCACAGCACCAUAGCUUCUUGCUAACUGGGUACAUCAUUGUGAUCGUUCAUAUAUCAAAUCUGACCGGAGUUACAGCAGCAAACUGGGCAUCCUUCAACCGAAGCUCAGCCCCCCACAACCCACCUGACAGCCAAGAACAAGUUGGAGCAGAAGGGGAGUUGUUUUCUGCCAAAUUUCUUUGCGCUCUUCGUGUGAUGCCCUUCAAGUCAAAUAAACCCCAGCACUGUGGAUUGCUGGUUUGCAGCUCA